AUGACGAAAUUCAUGGUUGCCAGGCGUUGCCUGGAGGUGGCCACCGACACGCUCGGAUCGUCCGCUGCUACUUUCACGCCCCGGUUCGGUGCAUCAUUCUCCUGGAUGAAACAUUACUCCCUUCGCUUACGGUCACAGUCGGCCCGGUUGAGUGCCCGCAGCUACUCCACACAGGCCGAUAAUCGAAAACCGGCCACCAAGGACUUUGACGAUGGCGAUCGUCCCCCGCUGGAUCCGGAAGCGGUACAUGCGGAUCUACUGCGCCGACUAACGAAGCUGUACGAACAGGAAGUGGCCCGGGAAUUGAUCGUGCCGCCGUUUAAGCGAGCCUUGCUGUACGGUGAAAAGGCGGCCAUUCGUGAUCAGAUGGGAAAUUUUAGCUUCAUCCAGCUGUACGAAGCCGUCAAGCGGCUAGCGGCACAGAUAUCCAAAUGUUGCGGCAGUGCUUCCCAGUCCCGUGUGGCAUUUCUUUGCCCCAACAAUAUUACGUACGUGAUCAGCCAGUGGGCUUGCUGGUUUUCGGGACAAGUUGCCGUGCCCUUGAACGCAAAAUAUCCGGCCGAUUUGCUCGAGUACUACAUCAAAGAUUCGGAUGCGUCCCUCCUGCUAACUACGGCGGAAUUUCUUCCCCUGGCCGAACCACUCGCUGCCAAGCUGCAAAAACCCUUGCUGGUGGUGAAUCACGAACUGAUAAAUGCAAAUGGAGCCACAAACGGUGGUGAUGCAUCGUCCAUGGCGGACGUUUCCUACCUAGAUCCAAGGAGAGAAAAUUUGCUGCAACUGAACGAUACGCUCGUGGUGGAAAGUGCGCUGAAUGGUGAAUUCUACCGCGAUGCCAACGCUUUGAUCCUGUACACCUCCGGCACGACGGGCAAACCGAAGGGAGUCGUGCUGAGUUACGCCAAUCUGGACGCUCAACUGCGUGCCCUUUCGCACGCAUGGCAAGUAAGUGCGGCCGAUUCGGUACUGCACACACUACCGCUGAACCACGUUCAUGGUACGAUCAAUGCGCUGAACUUACCGCUGGCGGUCGGGGCCAAGUGUGUUAUGCUGCCGAAGUUUGACAGCAGCAGCGUAUGGAGCUACCUGCUGAACGUGAACAUGACCACCAAGGAGCGCGUUAACGUGUUCAUGGGCGUACCGACGAUGUACGGGUUGCUGAUCCGCGAGUAUGACAGUGUGUUCGGGAAGAACGCUCGCAUGUGUGACUAUGUCAAGACACAUUGCAAGAACAAGAUUCGACUUAUGAUAUCCGGCUCGGCACCACUGCCGGGCAACAUUUUCGAUCGCUGGAAUGAAAUAACCGGCCACCGGUUGCUGGAACGCUACGGUAUGACCGAAAUCGGUAUGGCCAUCUCGAACCCUUACAUGCAGGACGGUGAACUGCGCAGCAGAAGGCAAGGUUGCGUAGGAAUGCCAUUGCCCGGUGUUAGCGUGCGCAUUGUAGACGCCGAAAGUGGUCGUCAGUUGACGCUUGAAGGUCGCGAAAAUGAAGGAAUUUGGCAGACAACAACCGGGACAGUGGCACCAAAGCCAACCGUGCCGGCGGAUUCCAUUGCGGGCCAGCUGCACGUGAAGGGAAGCUCGGUAUUUAGCGCAUACUGGCAAAGGCCACAAGAAACAGCUUCCGAGUUCGAUGCGGAAGGUUGGUUCCGGACGGGUGAUACGGCACGUUACGAAAACGGUACGAUACGUAUCCUGGGACGCACCUCCGUUGAUAUAAUCAAAUCGGGUGGCUUCAAGCUGUCCGCGCUCGAGAUUGAAACGGCACUGCACGAACAUCCGGACACGAGCGACGUGGCGGUACUAGGUUUGCCCGACGAAACCUGGGGCCAACGGGUAGUGGCCGUGAUCAGCUUGCGUGACCAGGCGGCCGCCACACCCGAAACGUUCAGCAUUCCGAAGCUGCUCGUGUGGUUGGAACAAAAGCUUCCGAAGCAAGCCAUUCCAAAGGAAGUUCGAAUAGUGGAGGAAAUACCGCGCAAUGCAAUGGGUAAGAUCAACAAACGGGAACUGAUCGAUAGCUUGUUUGGAGACAACGCAGCGACACCGGAAAGCACAGAACCACAGAAUGUCGUCGAAAAGCCUUAG